AGCCGCCGCCGCGAGCCCCGUGCUGUUAAUGGACCGGCCGCUCUUCUUACUAGACUUUCUUCUUCACACGACCUAAGGACUCGCCCCGAGAAGAGGCUGCAGGGCUGUUGCUGCUCGGUCCCGUUGGCUCCACAAUGGUUGAUUUUCUAGCUGAAAAUAAUCUGUGUGGCCAGGCCAUUCUUAGGAUCGUCUCCUGUGGAAAUGCCAUCAUUGCAGAACUUUUAAGACUUUCCGAAUUUAUCCCCGGUGUUUUCAGGCUAAAGGACAAGGCUGAUCAACAGAAGUAUGGGGACAUCAUAUUUGAUUUCAGUUAUUUUAAGGGGCCUGAGAUUUGUGAAGGCAAACUGGAAGCCAAACCUGAGUUACUGGAUUUAGAUGAAGAAUUCCGUGAAAACAACAUUGAAAUUUUGACGAGAUUUUAUCUGGCUUUUCAGAGCGUUCAUAAAUACAUUGUAGAUUUAAACAGAUAUUUAGAUGACCUCAAUGAAGGCAUUUACAUUCAGCAAACAUUAGAAACUGUCCUCCUUAAUGAAGAUGGAAAACAGCUUCUAUGUGAAGCACUCUAUCUAUAUGGAGUCAUGUUGUUGGUCAUUGACCAGAAGAUUGAAGGAGAGGUCAGAGAAAGAAUGUUGGUUUCCUACUACAGAUACAGUGCAGCCCGAUCGUCUGCUGAUUCCAAUUUAGAUGAUAUUUGCAAGUUGCUUCGGAGCACCGGCUACUCCAGCCAGCCUGGGGCUAAGAGGCCUCCCAACUACCCUGAGAGCUACUUCAGCAGGGUGCCCAUAAGUGAGACAUUCAUCAGCAUGGUCAUUGGCCGCCUCCGGUCGGACGACAUUUAUAACCAGGUUUCUGCAUAUCCUUUACCAGAACACCGCAGCACUGCACUGGCCACUCAGGCUGCCAUGCUCUAUGUCAUACUCUAUUUUGACCCUUCUAUUCUUCACACUCAGCAAGCAAAAAUGAGAGAGAUAGUGGAUAAAUACUUUCCAGAUAAUUGGGUUAUUAGCAUUUACAUGGGAAUUGCUGUAAAUUUAGCAGAAGCAUGGGAACCCUACAAAGCUGCCAAAACUGCCCUCAACUACACACUGGAUCUUUCAAAUGUGAAAGAGCAGGCUAGCAGAUACGCCGUAGUCACUGAGCGUGUGCACGCUCAAGUGCAGCAGUUCCUCAAAGAGGGCUGUCUAAGGGAAGAGCUGGUGCUGGACAACAUUCCCAAGCUGCUGAACUGCCUGCGAGACUGCAACGUAGCCAUCCGCUGGCUCAUGCUUCACACUGCAGACACAGCUUGUGACCCAAAUAACAAACGUCUCCGCCAGAUAAAGGAUCAAAUUCUGACAGAUUCAAGGUACAAUCCCAAGAUCCUCUUCCAGCUGCUACUGGACACAGCUCAGUUUGAAUUCAUUUUAAAAGAGAUGUUCAAGCAGAUGCUGUCAGAAAAACAAACAAAAUGGGAAAACUAUAAAAAAGAAGGGUCUGAAAGGAUGACUGAGCUUGCUGAUGUCUUCUCAGGAGUUAAGCCUCUUACCAGAGUGGAGAAAAAUGAAAAUCUUCAGGCUUGGUUCAGAGAAAUCUCCAAGCAAAUAAUGUCCCUGAACUAUGAUGAUUCCACUGCAGCAGGGAGGAAAACUGUGCAGCUAAUACAGGCUCUGGAAGAGGUCCAGGAAUUUCACCAGCUGGAAUCUAACCUGCAAGUUUGUCAGUUUUUGGCCGACACGCGCAAAUUUCUUCAUCAGAUGAUCCGAACUAUCAACAUUAAAGAAGAAGUCUUGAUCACCAUGCAGAUAGUUGGUGAUUUGUCUUAUGCUUGGCAAUUAAUCGACAGCUUUACCUCUAUAAUGCAGGAAAGCAUAAGAGUCAACCCAUCUAUGGUAACUAAACUCAGAGCCACCUUUCUGAAGCUUGCUUCUGCUCUUGAUUUGCCACUUCUCCGUAUCAAUCAAGCCAACAGCCCUGAUCUUCUCAGCGUCUCACAGUACUAUUCUGGCGAGUUAGUUUCCUAUGUAAGAAAGGUCCUGCAGAUCAUUCCAGAAAGCAUGUUUACCUCUCUCCUCAAAAUUAUAAAGCUUCAGACUCAUGAUAUUAUUGAAGUGCCCACUCGCCUUGAUAAGGACAAGCUACGAGAUUAUGCUCAGCUUGGACCACGAUAUGAGGUGGCCAAGCUAACCCACGCGAUUUCAAUCUUCACUGAAGGUAUCCUCAUGAUGAAAACUACUUUAGUUGGUAUCAUCAAGGUGGAUCCAAAACAGUUGCUAGAGGAUGGAAUAAGGAAGGAGCUAGUAAAACGAGUUGCUCUAGCUCUUCACAGGGGACUUAUCUUUAAUCCUAGAGCCAAGCCAAGCGAACUGAUGCCCAAAUUGAAAGAAAUGGCAGCUACAAUGGAUGGAUUCCACCGAUCAUUUGAAUAUAUCCAGGAUUAUGUCAACAUAUAUGGUUUAAAAAUUUGGCAAGAAGAAGUUUCUCGCAUUAUUAACUACAAUGUUGAACAGGAGUGCAAUAACUUCCUCAGAACAAAGAUUCAAGACUGGCAAAGCAUAUACCAGUCUACUCACAUUCCUAUACCAAAAUUCACACCUGUGGAUGAAUCUGUGACAUUUAUUGGUCGUCUUUGUAGAGAAAUCCUGAGGAUCACAGAUCCAAAAUUUACAUGUUACAUUGACCAAAUGAACACCUGGUAUGAUACCAAAACUCAUCAGGAGGUCACCAGUAGUCGUCUCUUCUCAGAGAUCCAAGAUACUUUAGGUACCUUUGGUCUCAAUGGUCUAGACAGGCUGCUCUGUUUCAUGAUUGUGAAGGAGCUGCAGAAUUUCCUCAGCAUGUUUCAGAAAAAUAUAUUACGAGACAGGACAGUACAGGAUACCUUAAAAGCCCUUAUGAAUGCUGUCAGUCCUCUCAAAGGAAUUAUAGCAAAUUCAAACAAAGUUUAUUCUACAGCAAUUGCAAAAACUCAGAAGGUGUGGACAGCCUAUUUAGACUCCAUAAUGAAGGUUGGUCAGAUGCAGCUGUUGAGACGGCAGAUUACCAAUGAAUUGAACUAUUCCUGCAGGUUUGACUCCAAACACUUGGCUGCUGCUUUGGAAAAUCUCAAUAAAGCAAUACUAGCUGACAUUGAAGCACAUUAUCAGAAUCCAUCACUGCCUUACCCUAAAGAAGACAACACUCUUCUGUAUGAGAUCACGGCUUAUUUGGAAGCAGCUGGCAUUCACAAUCCACUGAAUAAGAUCUACAUAACAACAAAACGGCUCCCGUAUUUUCCCACUGUCAACUUCCUGUUUCUGAUUUCCCAGUUUCCCAAGCUUCAGUACAACAAAAACUUAGGCGUGGUGUGCAAACGGCCAGCUGAUCAGAUUGACUGGCUUCCUUUGGUCCUUGGUCUCCUCACCCUCUUGAAGCAGUUUCACUCCAGAUACACAGAGCAGUUUCUGGCUCUGAUCGGCCAGUUCAUUCGCUCAGCRAUGGAGCAGUGCACAAGUCAAAAGAUACCAGAGAUGCCUGCUGAUGUGGUGGCUGCCCUCAUGUUCCUGGAAGACUAUAUUCGCUAUACAAAGUUACCAAGAAAGGUUGUCGAAGCACACGUGCCUAGUUUCAUUUUUGAUGAGUUCAGAACUGUUCUGUGAUCACAGAAGAGGGCCAGGUCCUCCUCCAAGCCCRAAUCAGGGAAGUGGGGACUGAAGGUGACACAAACACUGCUCUUCAGAACUGAAUCUUCUCUGUUUUGAGGCAAUAUCUACAACUGUCUGUAUGAAAUGCAACUACUAUGAAUAAUUAACAGUUGUUUAAAUCUUGGCAUCUUACGCAAUUUCUAGCUCAUCCAAACACUGUACAUUUUGUACUGCAUAUUAUAAAUGCUGUAUGUAAUUGUUUGUGUAUAAAUCAUUUAGAGUUUUCUGUUGUUGUUCUGAAUAACUAUUUGUGAAAAUUUUGACU